UUGAUAUCUUAUUAAUUUUUACUAUUUAAUUUUCUACAUAUAUGUGUGUAUGUGUGUCUGUGGGUAAAAGUACCAACUAAAUAGUAUUUACAUUAAACGUUUUUGUUUAUUUUGAGCAAAACAUUUGAAUUCUGUAGUCCUGCCUUCACCGUGUCUGACUAUCACCCAUUUUCUUUCCAUUUGUUGACCCACUCUUUGUUUCCCGACGUAGCCGAUGAGGUACACAUUGCAUUUUAUUAUAACUUAUAUGUAGGGCGAAGUACUGAAUAAAAAAUAUAGAUGAAUGAAAUCUAAAUGUACGAUCCAUAUCGCAUACUUUUCCAAACUAUUUAAAUCUUAAUAAUUUUUGUGAGAAUGCCGUCUGUUUUGCAAUGCAUAGUUUGUUUUAUUAUGUUAGAGGUAUCUAUUCCGCCGAGGUCGACUUUGCCUUCCAUCUUUUCUAGGUCGAUAAAAUGAGUACUAGUGAAACAGUAGGGUCGAUAUAAUCGACUACUCCCUUCCCCACAAAUUUCAGGCCUUGUGCCUAUAGUAGAAAAUAUUAUGUUAGUUAUUAUCAAAACGGUAAUUUUUACAUACGGAUAAGAAUAUUUCUGUAAAGAACUGAAAUCACGGUGUUUUAUGAAUAUACGCAUAGGUGAUUUUGCAAUGAAUGUGACAAUAACUAUAUCCAUCAAUAAAUGAGCCGUCUACACCUUACGGCGACUACGAAUUGGUAAGUUUUACACCGUGACCAUCGAUACCACGAGAUGUAGAUGCAGCUAAAUACAUAGAUUUUAAAUUUGUAUGUUAUUAAUAUCUACGCACACACGCAGGCACAAACAAACACACACACACACACACACACACACACACACGCACACACACACACAAAAUGCACACAUAGACACGCACACACAAGCACAUACAUAUUGUAUUUGUUAUAAUCUGAGUGGAAAUAUCAUAAUUACGUGUCACCUACAAAUUUGUACGAAAUGUUUAUUCCACUGUAUUUUCCUUUAGCUGAAAGGGAACCUUCCCAGAACGACAGGUCCUGAAUACGUUGUGUAUGAUUCCACUGCUUUACGUAAAGUGUUUCCUAAGUUAUUUCUGGCUCGAAUAUUUGAUGAUAUAUUGAAGAAGAGCGAUAAAUCAGUGGAAACGUUUACUUUCACGAUAGAUGACGUAAAACUCAUGAUCAAUUUAAGCAAUCUUAUUACUGGAACCGAUAUUGGGGAUUUCCUUAUCAUUGUCUUACUGGAGGUAUUUCAAGAAUUUUAUGAAAAAUUUCCGAUUUUACGAAAAGAAUAUAAAGCAGAAGACACUAAUACAACCAGUACCCAGGAGACGAUAUCACUACGAAGAAAAGAAUGUCUGACAACCGUUCACUUAUUAAGUGAAAUAUUGAACUGGAUGUAUAUUGAGAAAGGUUUUGAUGAACAGAUGAAUAAGAAGGUUAUGUCUAUAAUACACUAUCUCAUAAAAGCUACGAAAUAUGUAUUAUCAGAUAUUAGCUUAUUUGAUGAAGAGAGUAAGAACCAAGCUUUUGAUAAACUGGAGAUAUUAAAGGAAAAUAUCUACAUAGGCCCCGAACACUCAAUAUCGAGGAAGGAGAGGUUGAUUAAGGAUUACGUAAAUCUAAAUUUCACUGACGAUUUUGUCACAAACAUCUUUAGCUUGAACAAAUUUCACUCAGACUUGCUGACCUUGAGGAUGCUUAACGAUGAAAAGAAAAUUGUAUCCCAAACAGAUGACCUGCCUGCUUAUAUUAAAAGAAUUCGUUCAAUACAUGUUCCUCUCGCAUCCCUACAGCUCCCACUGUUUACAAAAGAUGAACAUAUGGUACGGAAUUUUGCUGGAUUGGGCUUCUUAAUUGGAUGUGAAAUAUUUCGUGAUUUUGAGAUUGCCGGCAACAACUUCUCUAUGGAUUUGUGGCUGAGUGAACAAUCCUACAGAAGAUACCAAAAGUUGAAGAAUGAUUUCAUUAAUAAUUUCACUCAACGUCAAAAUCAAUCACAAACAACAAGUGUUAAUGACAUAAUUGCUGAUGAAUUUGGGUUUAACGUAGCUUCUAAGGCUUUCUUGUUAUGGAACUCAGAAAAUAUUAUCGUUGAUGAAAACCUACCUGCACUGAAAAUGAAGCAUCUAAAAACGUUUUACUCUGUGUUUGCUCGCAUAUUUUGUUCAAGUGAAGAAUCUAAUCCCCAAAAUUAUGCAGACAACAAAAGAAUAUUCGCCCCAAAUACAGAAAGGGUUCAUAAAAUAUUACAGAAUUCUGAAUGGUUUGCAAAGGCGUUUCAGUGUCCCAAAGGUGCCAGCAUGAACCCACAGCCUAAAGUCGAAUUAUGAAUGUGAUACGAAAAACAAUAUUUUAUGACUUGCUUUGAACAAGAGAUUAUUUAACAAAUCUACUACACCAAAGUAAUGAUAAAAACACCGGGCAACGUUACAGUGGGUACCUUUUACAAAUGCGUCAACUAAAUAUUUAAAAUAUGGUUUAAAAGCUGGAUGCCUAAAGAAUACUGAGGGACAAUAACAACAGCAUUAUAUGCAUAAUAAGCGUUUGAAUGUUGUGGAAAGAGAAACUCAUCCUAGCUGGAGGAGUGACAGAACGACAAAUGAGGAAUCACGCUUGAAGUUUUCAAGUAUGAAUUGUUGAUUGUGCGUGAAAGGGAAGAAUGUUUGCUGCCAGAUACUUUAGUCAUUCACAGUUGACAUUUUUAUUUUUGGUUAAUGAACAACUCACAUUUGCUUCCCCGUCUCCUAGCUAUGAUGCUUAAUUUUCC